AUGGGAUUUAGACUGUUGAAAGAUCACUGCAACUACGCUGUCAAUAGUUAUUUCCAAAGGAAAGGUCAAGCUCAACAUAGUUGUGAUUUUUCAGGAACUACCGCUGUUAGCCCCAAUCCUCCUCCAAAUGUUGCUUCAACUUGCAGUUUUCCCUCAAGUAGCACAGGGGCAAACACAGGCACCACACCAAACGGGACAACCACCACAGGGUCAACCAUCACUGGCUCAACCACAAGGAUUCCAACCACCGUGUUUGGUGGUGCGGGGACAACAUUGGGUCUGAAGGGGACUACAAGCAUCAAUGAUCCAAGCAGUGUUGUGGGUCUCUUUACUAACAACUUGUUUUGCACUUUUGUUGCUACGAUAACCCUCUGGAUUUUAGGGUCAUCUUGGCUUUGA